GCCUGCCCGAAUCGUCCCCCCAGGUUCUGCCGCACCCGCCGCAUGCGAAAAAACAUCGAACGUGACAGACAGAGCCUCAGUUGAUCGUGCGAGACGAGCUGGACGCUUUGAUGUUAGCCUGUCGAGCGUAGCUCCGUGAUACCGUCGGUCCUGCGAUCGCUCUCUUGUGCAAACUACGCCGACCUCGACAGACACCACGGCGCACGCCCUACGCUCCCUACUCCGCCCGCAGAUUCAUUACUCUGCCGCCCUUUGUUUCUUUUAAUCAACCAGGCCACCCGUAGCCAAUUAGACAGGCCGCCUUCCUGAUCCCAUCAACUUUGCGCUGCCCCUCAUCGCCACCUCGGACAACACCAUGGCAACCAACGGCUCCUCAACGCCCCUCACACCCGCCAAUACCACACGCAAGCUCGGCCCCGGAGGCACUGUCGUCACCGUUCCCUACCACCCGCCCCGCGAGCGGCCCCGGACAGACCUCGACCUCGAGGCUGGCGAGGUGCUCAACCUGGGCGAGUUCCAAGACGCACAUGCUCUGUCCAUAUCCGAGGCGCGCCUAAUCGUCGAGCGCACGGAGCAGAUACGAAACAAGAAGGGCACAAAGCUGAGGGAGACCGAGAACCUCUCGAAGAUGCUCACCUACAUGGACGCUUUCUCACGGUUCAGAACGUUGAAUACCCUCAACCAGAUCGAAACUAUGCUACUUCCAUACACACAGCUUGAGCAGUUUGAAAAGGCCCAGAUAGUCACCCUCUGUCCAGGUGACCCGGAAGAAGCGAAAGUCCUCAUCCCCUCGCUCGCAAACAAAAUUUCCGACGACGUCCUACGCGACAUUCUUGAGCAGAUAGACCAGCUCCGCCAGUUCAAUGAAGAGUAGUGCUCUGCUUCGUUUCCACCUCUCAACAUCCCCGUUCCAUAUUAUGCGAUCUUGUCAUCAGGGAGAAAAAAAAACCUUUGUCACUCGGUGAUCAAGGUUCUGGGCAUGAGCGGUCGAAAAGAUUUUUUUAUAACAAAUUUGCUCGGGGUGGGAGAGCAUAGCGAUGGCGUUUGUGGGCCGGUUAUGCACACGCGUGUAGUAUCUUUGCCAUUAAUUCGUAUACUAUUUAAGGCAGACACUGGGCGUGAUACCGAACCAACGAUUCGCGAUGCCGCGCCAACCUUUACAAUCUGUGGCCAAGAUAGCAAAAGCUUUUCGGCCCGACACAAAGAACUUGGAGCAAUGCACGGACAUUCGAAUCCACAGUUCAACAACGCUGGAUCACUUGUUUAUUCACUAUUAUCAAAUACUCAUUGGUAAAAGAAAACCAAAAAAACCCUCGGCGUUGACAGUUCUUCUCUAUUAAUGGAAGCUACGUCUUGUGAGGUAUAGACUACGCGGGGCAUAUCUUCGAUCCCAUUAAAGCAACAUAAUCAAAAUAACUGAUGACAGUGACGACACGAUGCGGGGAGCAACGAACGGUAUAAUGUAUUGAAGUGCCCAAGGUCCGGGACGAUGAGAGUUCGCUUAGAUUCUCCUCAUCCACUCCUGACAGACGACAUCCGCCCCAGUCUCCCCUUUAUGAGCCACUGCUGUCGAGAUACACCGCCAUGAGGCAGAUGUGAUUGUGGACGGUGCGGUGCUCAAGGAAAGCUAGCUCCUUGAUGAUGGCAAAGUUGAAGUGGAGGCAACUUGCGAGAAUGUCUUCGAAAGCAACGAGAAGGCCGGCGUCGUCGGCGUGACAAGCGGCAGAUGGCUGUACGAUCCGUAUGCCCGUGUGCCGAGUCAAUUCGGCUCUCGAAGCGGAGCUCAUAAUAGUCGUCGUUGUCAUGAACACCAAUUCGCCUCAUUCCGAACCCAACC